AUGACAGAGGAAAUAACAUAUGCGGAUCUGGAAUUUAAUAAAUCUUAUGCACUGGAAAAUAUCCCAAAGCCUCCCACUCCUGAGGAAAAAGGUCUCCUUACUUCAUUCCCAUGGCGUCUGGCUGCCCUGACUUUGCUCACAUUGUGUCUGGCAUUAUUGGUAGGACUGCUAGCCCUGGGGGUUGUGUUUUUCCAAGUUACCAACAUCUGCCAGGAAGAGAAUGUAAAACUCAAGCAGAAGGAGAAAGCUCUGCAAACAAAUUUCUCAAGCAGGCUGCAAGAAAUAACAGAGAGUUUGUGUCUGGAAGGGGAAGUGAAGAAUAAAAAUAAUGAAAUGAGUUGUACACUCUGCCCCACAAACUGGCAACGAAUGGGAGAAGACACCUGUUACUAUAUUUCUUCAGGGAAGAAGACAUGGGAGGGGAGUCGGAACUUCUGUGCCUCACAAAAUUCCACCCUUCUCAUGAUAAAAUACAAGGAGAAGCUGGAUUACAUAGGUCAAUAUUUUAUUAAAGAAAUGUACUGGAUUGGAUUAUCACGUAAAACUGAAAGAGAUGGCUGGUUUUGGGAGGACACCACAGCUCUUUCUACAUCAGAAAAGGGGCUGUGCCUAGGAACACUGUGGAGGUUUGGAUCCAGUGUCAUAGGAAUUAGUGCUCUCCAGUGCCCUGUGGAUGACCCAUCUGAGAUCCCAUCCUUGGCUAAGUCCUGUGCAUUUCUGUGGAAGAAGUAUAUUUAUGCCUCGAAAGGCUGUAAUGAGAACAGUCUCUGGAUCUGUGAGAAGGCACCCAUCCAGCUGAGGCUAACAGACAAUCAGUAG